AUGGGUCAGAAAAAGAAAAUCGGAAAACAGCGAAAAGAUAAAUAUUAUCAAUUAGCUAAAGAAACAGGUUUUAGAUCUCGAGCGGCAUUCAAAUUGAUUCAGCUGAACCGAAAAUUCGAGUUUCUACAAAAAUCACAAGUAUGUAUCGACUUGUGUGCUGCUCCAGGUGGUUGGAUGCAAGUGGCAAAGCAAAACAUGCCUGUUUCAAGCAUUGUCAUAGGCAUAGAUCUGUUCCCAAUAAAACCCAUAACUGGAUGUAUCAGCUUGACUGAAGAUAUCACAACAGAAAAAUGUAGAGUAGCUAUAUCAAGAGAAUUGAAAACUUGGAAAGCUGAUGUUGUGCUUCAUGAUGGUGCUCCAAAUGUUGGAAAGAAUUGGCUGCAUGAUGCCUAUCAGCAAGCCUGCCUGACUCUCAGUUCUUUGAAAUUGGCAACACAAUUCCUGAGGCAAGGAGGGUGGUUUGUUACCAAAGUUUUCAGGUCAAAAGAUUACCAUGCCCUCAUUUGGGUCCUGAAACAGUUGUUCAAAAAGGUUCAUGCAACCAAACCACAAGCCUCUCGUACUGAAUCUGCUGAAAUAUUUGUAGUUUGUCAGUACUAUAUAGCUCCAGAUAAAAUAGAUCCCAAAUUUAUGGAUGCUAAGUAUGUAUUCCAAGAGUUGGAAAUUGAACCAAAAAAUAAACUAAAUGUGUUUCAUCCUGAGAAGAAGAAGAAGGUGAAAGCUGAAGGAUAUCCUGAAAAUGACUACACCCUUCACCACAAACUGAAUGUUUCUGAUUUUGUGAAGCAUGAAAAUGGUAUUGACUUGUUGCAACAUGCUUCAGAGAUUAUAUUCGACGAUCCUGCUAUCCUGAAUCACGAAAAGACCACCAAUGAAAUCAAGGAAUGCGUCAAGGACAUAAAAGUACUGGGCCGCAAAGAGCUCAGAAACCUCCUGUUAUGGUGGAAAACACUUCACGAAGAGUACGCGAAAACGCAAGAACCCGCAGAGGAUACGGAAACGCCGGCUGUCACCGCCAAAAACGAAAUUGAAGAAGAAGACGAGGACGAAGACUUGAAAGAAGCAGACCAACAGAUAGCAGACUUGCAAGGCGAAGAACUGCGGGACCAGAAACGCAAGAGAAAGAAGGUCCAGAAGGAGCGCAAGAAGCUCAACGAGCGACUCAAUCUCAAGAUGAUCCUCAAGAACGAUGACGGGCCAACGAUGGUUGGCGAGGAAAUGUUCGCCUUGAAGCAAGUGACUGAUGGGAAGAAACUGAAGAAAAUCAUGGAUCAGAAUCCCGAUACGGUCAUCGAGUCUGAGGAUGAUAGUGAUGAUGACAAGGCGCCCAAGUAUACAAAAUAUGAGAAGGAGAAGGACCAUUUGGAUAGUUCGGGGACUUACUAUAAGGAUUCGGACUCUGAGAUCGAAAUGGAAAGUGACGAUGAGAACCAGGAAAUCAAAGAGGGUCUAGGACUGAGUGACGAUGAUGACGAUAUCGCACCCAAAAAGAAGAAGAAAGAAAAAUCGACCGAGAAAUCCUCAGAUGAUAAGGAACAUCCACUCAUCACCGAUCUUGACUACCGCGACAAAGACAAGAAGAAGGCACACAAAGCGGAAUUGUGGUUCGAGAGGGAUGUUUUCAAGAAUCUGAUCGACGAAAAAGACGAAGACGCCGAUUUGGACAGGAUGGUGGAGAGUUACAAGAAAAAAGGAGCGAAAGUUGUGGGAGAGGAUAAGGAAGACGUGCCUACUCCGAAGAAAAGCAAGAGAAAAGCGGUCGCUAAGAGGAAGGAGGAAUCGACGGAUAGUGACUACGAUUCUGACACUGAGGAUGAUCAAGAUACAGAUACAGAUGCUGAUUCUGACUAUAAUGUGGAGGAGGAAGUUCAUGUGCCCGUUAACAACUCGAAAAAAGAUGGUUUCGAAAUUGUGAAACCGAAAGUGUCCGGCAAGAAGCACAAGCUGAAUUCCGAAGAUUUAGCUCUGGGCACAAUGAUGGUCAACAGUAAGAAGGCGAAGAGAGAUUUGGUAGAUGCCGCAUGGAACAGAUAUACCUUCAACGAUGAUAACCUGCCUGAUUGGUUCGUGAAAGAGGAAGAAAAACAUAUGAAGAGGGAAGUUCCAGUCCCAAAGGAAUUAGUGGAUGAGUAUAACAAACGAUUAGAGGACAUAAAUGUACGACCAAUAAAGAAAGUUAUUGAGGCAAAGGCGAGGAAGAAGAAGAGGGCAAUUAAAAAAUUGGAAAGGGCAAAGAAGAAAGUGGAGUCUCUCAUGGAUAAUGCUGAUGUUACCGACAGGGAGAAAGCUAAACAGAUAAAACAGUUGUAUAAGAAAGCGAGACAAGAACCCAAGAAGGAAUUGACCUAUGUGGUCACCAAGAAGCACAUGGCAGCCAAGAAAAUAUCGAGGCCGAAGGGGGUAAAAGGGCAUUACAAAGUGGUAGAUAAGAGAAUGAAGAAGGAUUUGAGGGCACAGAAGAACAAAAUGAAAACGAUGGGGAGAGGCAAGAAGGGACAGAAAGGGGCAAAGAAAAACAACAAGAGUAGUGGAAAUAAAAACAAGGCACAGGCUAAAUGA